AUGACAGAAAACGACGAGCUGCUGGCUCGGAUUGGCCGCCUCGCAGGCCAAAUCAAUCGACACAAGGCACAGUCAUCACAACAUCAGGGCUCCUCGUCUCAUCAUUCGCCCUACGUAGCUCGACAUACGCCUAAUCACUUGGGCUGGACACCCUAUUCUCGUGGGCGCGGUAACCGUGGAGCUCCACACCGUCAUCGCACACUGGUAUUGAACAACGCCAAGUCUGCUACUGGUGAUAUGUCCUCUCCUGCCCCAAGCGAGAGUAACAAUCAGUCGCGUCCCAUGGCAACGUCGAACGGUUGGGUCGCCAAGCGCGAUCGGCACAUGCAACUGAUUAACUCGGCCGUUUACGAUAAAGAGACCCGAUUGCGAGCCAAGGCUAUGAGGGAAACUCGUAAACUGAGAGAAAAACAACGCGCCGAGCGCGAGCAAAAAAAGGUUCUGCGGUAUGCUCAAGGUGGGCCAGGCGGUGCAUCUGUCUCUACGUCCGCCCAACAGAUCAUCAUCAACGACAUCGCCUUCAAAAUCGCGCGUGGCGGCAGCAAGCUCAUCCGAGCUUCCGAUGAUCCCAACCCCGCCAACGCUACGCCGAAGAAAGCUACUGUCGCUGGCGUCCACUUCAUUCGAAGCAAGAACGGCAAUCUCCUGCGCCUUGGCGACGUAACAUCCAAGAAACCGAGCGCUGUCAAGAAGCGAGACGAGCUAUGCAAAAGAUUCUCUACGACCGGUACCUGCUACAAGGGACCAUCUUGUCUCUACACCCAUGAUCCAAACAAAGUUGCUAUCUGCAAGGAUUUCCUUCAGAAAGGCGAAUGCAGCGCUGGUAAUAGUUGUGAUCUUUCCCAUGAGCCCUCGCCCCACCGCUCCCCUACUUGUAUGCAUUUCCUUAGAGAGCGAUGCUCAAAACCCGAUUGUCGCUAUGCACAUAUCCGAGUGACCCCCGGCGCCCCCGUCUGCCGAGCUUUUGCAACUCUGGGAUAUUGUGACAAAGGUGCGGAAUGCGAAGAACGCCAUGUGCAUGAAUGCCCAGAUUAUGCCAACAAUGGCGUCUGCCACAAAAAACGAUGCCAGCUUCCCCACGUGGACCGUGCAGGUCAGAUCCGCAAGGCGGCUGCAUCGGCUGCAAGUAAGGCUGAACGUGAAGACGAGUCUGACCAGUCUAGCGAGGAGGAGGACUACGAUGCUAUCGACGAAGAUGACGUUGACUCUGAUGAGUUUGAUGACCCUGAGGAGCUUAUCGUCGAAGGGAAGGAUGGUGGCGAGAUGUCAAAACAACAGGAUUUUAUCCCGUUCUAA